UUGGAUAGGUAGGGAAGAAUGGAGAAUAUCCUGAGUCUCUGAGAAAGUUCCUCACGUCAAAACGAAGCCAUUUUCCCCAAAUUCGAAGGAAAGAAAAAUCAACUAUAGUCCCGUGUUUGGACUUCACUUCGUUUCGCUGUCUGAACCUGCGUAUUCAACUGCUGAGAUUCAGCCACCUCUCUCGUACCUUCGUCGCCUCUCCCGGCAUUAUUCGCAUUUCCAAUUUCGGAUCUCUCUCACCGGUUUUCGUAGUAAGGAAGACGGAGGAAGCGAUUUUUCCAGUUUCAGAGAAAUUUUGAAAUGUCGUCUUUUAUAUCUACGUCGAGGUUGUUUAGGCGGUUAAUUACGCAUAGAGAUUCAUUCCGGUUAGGGAUGAGGUUUAAUGAGAGCGGUUGGAGAUCGGGAUAUUAUGCUCAAACUCGAUGCUUGAGUAACAUUGCUGGUAUCGAUUCGUUUUCUUCUGCUUAUUCAUCGGGUUAUGCUGCUGAGAGAGGAAUUUAUAGUUAUGGAAAAGUUAUUCAAAGGAGAACUUUUUUGGGAUGUGGCGAUGGAGAAGAGGGGGGAAACAUGUUAUCUAAAGUAUACAACGAGAAGUGUGUUUUGGGAUACUCUCCAGAGCAACUGUUUGCUGUGGUUGCUGCUGUUGACUUGUAUGAAGACUUCCUUCCUUGGUGCCAAAGGUCAGAGAUAUUAAAACGCAAUCCUGAUGGAUCUUUUGACGCGGAGUUAGAAAUUGGUUUCAAAUUUCUGGUUGAAAGUUAUGUAUCCCAUGUGGAAUUUAAAAAACCUUCAUAUAUAAAGACAACUGCAACAGACAGUAACCUUUUUGAUCAUUUAAUUAACAUUUGGGAAUUCAAUCCUGGACCCAGUCCAGGAACAUGUAACCUCCAGUUUUUGGUGGACUUCAAGUUCCAGUCACCACUUUAUCGUCAGGUGGCAAAUAUGUUCUUUAAGGAGGUGGUCUCCCGAUUAGUUACUUCAUUCAUUGACCGUUGCAGGGUGAUAUAUGGACCCGGAGUUCCUGUUCUUGAAAAUACAUAUCAACAAAGGACAUAAAAGUUUUGUUCUCUGUUAGUGAUACAAAAGAGCAGUGCCAAACAUCUGGUUCCAGUUGACUAUGAUGCUCAUUACUGUUAUAAAGCAUUUUGAUGGGUGAAAAUCCAAGGUUCCUGAAGGUGCUGACCAUCUUUUUAUCCCCUUGAUGCAGUUAUGCAGCCUUUGAACCCAAGCAGAGCAUUUUCCUAUUGUUUCAUUUUUACAUAGAGACCCAUUCAGAUUGCUUCAAUUCAAUCGGAUCGUUUUUUUUUUUU